AUUUUUUUAAUUUUAUUUUUUUAAUUUCUUGUUCGGCCCGGUACCAAUCGAUCCACGGACCGGUGGUUGGGGACCACUGAUGUAGAGCACGGCUGUCAAAGCCAAGACCCGGGUGUAAUGAUAGUGUUUGACCACAUGGUGGUAGUAAGAGUCUACAAUUGACUAGGAACCAAUAUAUAGUAUGUGUCAGGUAGGACUCUUUAGAGAGGAACACACCUUGUAUGCACGAGUGUUGAAGUAGCGUUGGUGAUAUGUGAUCGUGAUUAAAAGACACUUCUACAAGUCAUCCAACGAUGUGUUAUUUAAAACAAGAACAUAACAUGGUACCAGGAGUAAACGAAGAGUGAAGUGGUGUAUUGUGGAAAGCGACAUGGAUUUGAAGCCACCUGAAAAGCUGAAGCUGAGUGGAAAUGUCGACAUCAAUUGGCGCACCUUCAAGCUCUGUGGGUCGCAGCACAAGCCAAGGCAGUGUCCAGCAUUUGAAGCGUCUGCCUCACACUUUUCCCCCACGUUCAGCACUUUGGCCACAGCCAGUCAAUGGCAUUAAAAGUGACAACAUCUUUUUGUUUCGUGCUGACAUCAUGGACUUGUUUUUAUUCUUUCUUCUGGUCGUGCAAAUGCACAGCGUGACGCCUGUGAUUCACACGCUGCGGUAUUUCGAAACUGCAUCCUCUCAAGUUCCAAACUUCCCAGAGUUUGUGAUUGUUGGUUAUGUUGAUGGAGUUGAGAUUAGUUACUAUGACAGCAACAUCAGGAAAGCAGAAUCCAAACAGGACUGGAUGAACAAAAUCACAGCAGAGGAUCCAAAAUACUGGCAGAUAGAAACAGAGAACAGUGUUCGUAAUGAGUUUAAUAACAAACACAACCUUGAAGUUCUUAAGAAGCGUUUCAACCAAACUGGAGGUGUUCACAUUGUCCAGUGGAUGUCAGGAUGUGAAUGGAAUGAUGAGACUGAUGAGGUUACAGGUUGGCAGCAGCAAGGUUAUGAUGGAGAAGAUUACAUAUCGUUGGACAUGAAGACAUGGACAUGGACUGCAGCAAAACCACAAGCUUUCCCCGACAAACUCCAGUGGGACCAGAACAUAUUUCUACUAGACAACGCUAAGUAUUAUUUCACUGAGGAAUGUCCUUCUUACUUGAAGAAGUAUGUGAACAAUGGGAAGAAGGUCCUAAUGAGAACAGAGCUUCCAGAGGUGUUCCUCCUCCAGAAGACGCCAUCCUCUCCAGUCACCUGCAUGGCGACAGGUUUCUACCCCGACCUCGCCGACCUGUUUUGGAGGAAAGACGGCGAGCAGAUGUUCGAAGACGUGGAGCACGGAGAGCUGCUCCCCAACCAUGACGGAACCUUCCAGAUGUCGGUGGAGCUGAAAGUGGAGGUGACGGCCGAGGUGGAGGGCAAGUACGAAUGUGUGUUCCAGCUGUCUGGCGUCAAGGAGGACCUGGUCACCAAGCUGGAGAGAAGAAGCAUCCUGAGCAACGCAAGCCAUGAAGGUGAGAAAGACACAUUUAGUUGGAGAUGUUUCCCAUCACAAGUCCACCUGUCACCAUUAUUGAUCCAUGUCACCAUGACAACGCUUGACGUCUGCAUGCAAAGUAGUCAUGAAGGUUUCCUCUUCAUGCUUUGUCACUCCACUUGUGCUUUUUUGCUCUCCACAGACAACUUGAGCGUCGCCCUCGCUGCCACGGCGGCGGUCGUCGCUGUGGCGGCCGUCCUGGCGGCCAUCAUCAUGGUCAUGGUCAGGCGUCACAGAAACAGACAAGGUGAGGGACACCAAUGUCCUCCGUCUUCUUCUUCUUCUUCUUCUCGGUCCAGGCCGUGAGUUGAUGCUUUCAUCCGGGCUGCAUGUUUUAGUUGCCUUCCAGCCAAACACUCAAAGAUCCACAGAGACAGAGCGCACACUCUCACAUAGAAACACGUGAGGAAAAAGUCCAUUUCACCUUGUUUCCCUUUCAUUUCAGCCCAGUACGAUCCAGCUCGUAAGUAAAACAUCUUUUCUUUGAGCCGCAAGAAACAAAGCCGUGGUGAAGCGUCACUCACAUGGAGGUCUGAUGUGGACCUUUGUUACAAGUUUAGCCUGAAAAUCCCAACUUGGGCUGACUCCUUCACAAUAAAAGAGCCUCCUGUGAGCACACGCAAUACAAAGUGUGGCAUAUCUCACGUUUGACAUGAGUCCUCAUGAUGAGGAUCAGCCAAAUGAGACCUCAAGUGUGCUGACUCAUCAAGAAGGUAUCCUAGUCAGGAAGUAGAAGAGCAGCACUCUGCUUCUUCAUGUUUCCAAGUCACACCUCAAAGAUCUGAUGUGAGUGACGAGGCACCUUCUGGAUGUUCUUCCUUCACCGUUUGCGUUUGUCCCGCAGCUCGCCACGGCGGCGUGGAGCUCUCCGAGAG